UGCGCGUGCUCAGAGCUAGCUUACGCUUGACUUCCGGUGAGAGGAAGGCGCUGGUUUAUAUCUUCAGGAGCGCAACGCUAUCCAGCGCGUCGAGAGAAUGGCCGGAGCCGCGGGCCUGUGAUCGCACACUCACACACGCUUGUCAACUCGAGGAACGCGAGCGUCUGUCAGCAUGUCCAGCGGCGGCUUCGCGGCACAGAACGGCGCCGGAGGCUCGUACACCAACGGUCCGUCUCAGAAUCCCGUGGGUGUUUACUCCUCUAACCAGGGCCUGAUGGCUCCACCACUGACGGGCUUCAUGAACAGCCUGACCACCAAAGCCCCGCCUCCAGCCGGCCCGAACACGUACAGCACUGGCCGGUACCAGCCCUCACCUGUGGCUCCGCCCCCCAGCAGUUGGAGUGGGGUGGCUCCGCCCCCAAACUCCUACUCCCUGCAUCAUCAACAUCCCGGGGUCACGCCGCCCCCUGUGGCUCCGCCUCCAAGCAGCUACUCCCAGCAUCCUCUGCAGCCUGGGGUCACGCCGCCCCCUGUGGGUCCGCCCCCAAGCAGCUACUCCCAGCAUCCUCCGCAGCCUGGGGUCACGCCGCCCCCUGUGGCUGCCCCUCCAAGCAGAUACUCCCAGCAUCCUCAGCAGCCUGGGGUCACGCCACCCCCUGUGGGUCCGCCCCCAAGCAGCUACUCCCAGCAUCCUCCGCAGCCUGGGGUCACGCCGCCCCCUGUGGCUCCGCCCCCAAGCACCUACUCCCAGCAUCCUCAGCUGCCUGGGGUCACACCGACCCCUUUGGCUCCGCCCACCAGCAGCUACUCCCAGCAUCCUCCGCAGCCUGGGGUCACACCGACCCCUUUGGCUCCGCCCACCAGCAGCUGGAGCGGGGGCACCCCAGCCCCUGUAGCUCCGCCUCCUGUGGGGAACCACACUGGCCCAGGCCCGUCCAGCACUGGCACCAGAACACCUCCUGUCUUCCAGAACACCAUGCAGCCUCCGACAGCCCUGCAGCACGGACUCUAUCAGGCUCAGCCCGCGCAGAUGACCCGACCAGCGGCCUCCUCGUACCCGUCUCCACAGCUCUACACACAGGUCCAGCCGGCGGGCGGCGCGGCUCAGCUCAGUCCGUCUCUGGCAGCGAUGAGUCUGCAGUCCCAGACGCCAGAAGCCCUUCGGGUGGUGAACCUCCUUCAGGAGCGCAACCUCCUCCCCCCGGGAGCCGUGACUCCGCCCACUCCCUGCCUCCCACAGGACCUGCAGAAGAUCAACUGCAGCCCAGAGGUCUUCCGCUGUACUCUGACCAGCAUCCCUCAGACACAGGCUCUGCUGAACAAAGCCAAGCUUCCCCUCGGCCUCCUGCUGCACCCCUUCAAGGAUCUCUCCCAACUCCCCGUGGUGACCUCCAGUAACAUUGUGCGCUGUCGCUCCUGUCGGACGUACAUCAACCCGUUCGUGACCUUCGUGGACGCCAGGAGAUGGAAGUGUAAUCUGUGUCACCGAGUCAACGAUGUUCCAGAGGAGUUCAUGUAUAAUCCGGUCAGCAGGUCGUACGGAGCGCCUCACAAGAGACCCGAGGUCCAGAACGCCACCAUCGAGUUCAUCGCCCCGUCAGAAUACAUGCUCAGGCCGCCUCAGCCCGCUGUCUACCUGUUCGUCCUCGACGUGUCCCACAAUGCCGUGGAGACUGGGUAUCUGGAUGUCGUCUGUCAGUCGCUGCUAGAGAACCUUGACUCGCUCCCUGGAGACUCCCGCACGAAGAUCGGCUUCAUCACGUUUGACAGCACUAUCCACUUCUACAAUCUGCAGGAAGGGCUGUCGCAGCCGCAGAUGCUCGUCGUGUCAGACAUUGACGAUGUGUUCCUGCCGACUCCAGACAGCCUGUUAGUGAACCUGAGCGAGUGCAAGGAGCUGGUCCAGGACCUGCUGACGGGUCUGCCGCAGAUGUUCAGCAGGACGAUGGAGACUCAGUCUGGUCUGGGUCCGGCGCUCCAGGCCGGGUUUAAGCUUUUGUCUCCCACCGGCGGGCGCAUUUCAGUCUUCCAGACACAACUGCCAACCGUGGGCAUCGGUGCCCUCAAACCCCGAGAGGACCCCGGCCAGAAGGCACACGCCAAGGAGGUCCAGCAUCUUAACCCGGCGACGGACUUCUACAAGAAGUUGGCUCUGGACUGCUCCGGCCAUCAUGUGGCGGUGGACCUGUUCCUGCUCAGCGCGCAGUACUGUGACCUGUCCUCUCUAGGCUGCAUAUCCAGGUACUCUGCAGGAAGUGUGUAUUAUUACCCGUCGUACCACCGUAAGCACAGCCCGGCCCAGACCGAGCGCUUUCAACGCGACCUGAAGAGGUACCUGACCCGCAAGAUCGGCUUCGAGGCUGUCAUGAGGAUACGCUGCACCAAAGGCCUGUCCAUACACACGUUCCACGGGAACUUCUUCGUGCGCUCCACGGACCUGCUGUCCCUGGCGAACGUGAACCCGGACGCGGGCUUCGCUGUGCAGAUGAGCAUCGAGGAGAACCUGCUGGACCUGCAGGCCGUGUCCUUCCAGGCCGCGCUGCUAUACACCUCCAGCAAAGGCGAGCGCAGGAUCCGAGUGCACACACUGUGUCUGCCGGUGGUCAACUCUCUGAGCGACAUCUUCGCUGGAGCCGAUGUUCAGGCCAUCACUGCUCUCCUGGCUAGCAUGGCUGUGGACCGCUCCGUGACGGCUAGCCUGGGGGACGCGCGGGACGCCCUGAUCAACGCAGCGAUCGACUCGCUGUCCUCGUUCCGCUCCUCCGUGCUGAGCGUCCAGCAGCCGGGCCUGCUAGCUCCCGCGUGCCUGCGGCUGCUCCCGCUCUACAUCCUGGCCCUGCUGAAGCACAGAGCGUUCCGCACCAGCGCUAGCACGCGGCUGGACGAGCGCGUGUUCUCCAUGUUCCAGCUGAAGAGUCAGCCGCUGCCGUUCCUCAUGCUCAUGGUGCACCCGGGCCUGUACCGCGUGGACCAGCUCAGUGAUGAGGGGGCGCUGAACAUCAGUGAGCGCACAAUCCCUCAGCCCAGAGCGCUCCAGCUGUCUGUGGAGAAGCUGAGCAGAGACGCUGCCUUCCUCAUGGACUGUGGCACAGUCCUGUAUCUCUGGAUUGGAAGGAACUGUAACCCAGUUUUCCUCACGCAAGUGUUAGGAGUGGAGAGCUACGCUGCUGUUCCUCUCAACAUGGAUCAGCUGCCAGAGUUGGACACUGCAGAAUCAUCCCGACUCCGAGCUCUGAUCGACUGGCUGAGAGAACGCCGGCCGUUCCACCCCGUCCUGCACGUAAUCAGAGACGAGAGUCCGCGCAAGGCUGAGUUCCUACAGUACCUGAUUGAAGACCUCAGCGAGUCUGCGCUGUCCUACUACGAGUUCCUCCUGCACCUGCAGCAGCAGAUCAGCAAGUGACGUGUGUGUGACACUACAGCGGGUCCGGCGCGCGCGUGUGUGUGUGUCCGCUCACAGGCGUCCCAGCGCUCAGCCUUUUCUAAUUUAUUGCCUUUUACUACAAAAAUAAGUGAAAAUGUAGGAAAAAAAAUUCUUAUGACUUUCUUACAACCUUUAUAAUGAGUGCUAUUCAGAUGUAGAGCUUCAUCACUCAUCCUCACACACUCAUCUGUCCAGGUCCAGGUCCAGGUGUGUGUGUGUGUGUCGUCCUCAGUCAUGUUUUAAUUUAUGAAGGCAAUAGUUGAGCGUGUGCUGUCAGCGGGGCCGGCGCAAGUGUGUGUUACACGGGCCACUCCAUCUUCAAACAUGUAUAUUGAUACACCUAUAUUAUAGUCAGAGAUUGUUAAUUUUAGUGAAAAAACUUUAUUCAGAUGAUGAUGAUGAUGAUGAAGGUGAGGAAUAAACUGGGACUUUAUUAUUUUC